GGGGAAACGUCAAAUACCCGCCCCGGGGAGGUUCCGUUCCGUUCACAUUCACAGCCACCACUGCGCCUAAAGAUCAGUGGCAUUGACAUUUUGUAGUAACUGAGGAAAAACAAUAACUUGUCAUACGAAAAGAUGGCAGACCCAGCAACAGACAAAGUGCUUAUAACAGAGACGGCUGAACUGUCUUCACGUUCUGUGCCAUCCUACUUUGACCCCUAUGAGCGCUCUGUAAAAUACAUGGAAAGUCAUCAAAUUCUUCAGAUCUUUCAGGAGAUUGCUGAGAACCUGGUUUUUGACAGGCCAGACGAUCCUCUUCAGUUCAUGUUAGAACAGGUACAAUUGAAGAUUCGAAACAGAGAAGAAUCCAACUGCAAACCAGAGAAAAUAGAGUAGGCUAGCAGCCUGUUCUACCAUGCACUGCAGAAGACACCUGCGUCAUUCAAUCAUGAGUAAAACGUAAUUCAUUGUUCACAGUGUCGUCUGUAUAUCUCCGGGGGGACUCCAAAUCACCAGCGAGCAUAGGCCAUUCACAGGAAUACACAUUGGCUAUGUUACACUAUAAACUGCCUCAGCAAUCUAUAGACCAAGUCUUAGUAAAAUGGCAAUGAUUGUGAAGUAGGCUAGCUAUCUUAUAGUCCAAAUGACAAUUUAGCAAGACCAGACAUACAAACAACCUUGUGAUACAAUUUUGCUAUCUCAAAUGCAGAAUAACUUCAUUGCAACAGAAGUAUACAAAACAAAUAUUAUUUUUGAUUUAGUAUCCCAGGCAGACUGUUCAAUGCUCAGCCAGUCACCAAAUAGGCUAUUCAGAUGAGACACUAUUAUGAAGCAAUCUGUGUUUAGACGUUUUCAAGACAUUAAGUCAAAGUUUCAUAAAUUGUAUGUUAGAGUUCAUUAAAAAGCAUUAACAACA